AUGGACCAGCCAGUGCCACCAUCAUCGCAAGGCAGCGACGAUGCACUGGGUGGACGAUCAAGAAGUGACCACGGCCAGGGCAGGCCGACAACACCAGUGAGAACAGCCGAGGUGGGAUCGCUCAGAGUUGACAGAUCUUCACCGGCUGACGAUGAUGAUGAGGCCGACCAGGACGACGGCUUUGACAGCGAAGAGUUCAGAGCGUGGAUGCGCAACCGCGGUAGACAACGCGGUACAGAACGACGAAGACAUCGCACUAGCAGUGCUGGAUCUGAUGGCUAUGAUGAUGGCCGGACGAACGCAGGACCAGCACCGGAAUGGGAUGGAGAGAGCUUGGUUUUCCAGGACUAUGUCAUCAAAGCCAGGUUGUGGCUUGCUACAACUCGUAGCAAACCCCGCACGAGAGGGCCGCUGCUUCUCUCCAAGCUCUCAAAGACCCCAUUCGAGACGAUGAAGUUUCUCGCCAAAGACUCCAAGUGGAUGCAAAGCGACACCAAUGGAGAGGAGCUGAUCAACAUGAUGGACCUCUCCGAGUACUUUGGAGACGACCGUGAUGAAGACUUGCUGAGCGCUUUGGCCAAGGUGACGUACCAUGUGCGUCGUGAGAAAAAUGAGGCCUACAGGACCUUCUUCAAUAGGUGGGAAUCUGCCUACCGAAAGGUGACCGAGCACAAGGUUCAAUUGCCGGACAAGUACAUCGGCUUUCUCUUGAUUCAGGCACUUUGCCUCAACGACCAAGAGAUCAAGUCUAUGAUGAACUUCACUCAUGGAAGUAUCAUGCCAAAGGACAUCAAGGAGUGGGUUCGGAAGCAUGAAACCAAGUUGCAGGUGAACCAGGUCGGAGUGGAGAAAAAGAAUGUCAACGUGACGAAGGGCAGCGGGCACUACAUGCUGAACGAGGACGAGACCGACUUGGAGGACGAGGAGAUCUUCGCUCUUGAGACCGCGAUCCGAGAUCUACAAGAUGGAGAACCAGCAGGUGAUCUUUCGGGAGCUCAAGAAGAUGAAGGGAACAUCUUGGAGGAGCACGAGGCCGUGGAGAUCUUGAGCACAAUGCUCAGCAAGAAGAGGAACUUUGCACAGAGCCAGAAGGCCAAGAAGGCAAAGGAGUUGGGCCGAGGAUACCACAACAGUGGGAAAGGUCGAGGGAAAUCCUUCACCACGACCACCGGCGGUCGACAGCCUUUCAAGUCAGGGCAGUACCGAAUGACGAUAGAAGAGGUGAAGAAAGUGACCAAGUGCGGACACUGCCACAAGGUGGGGCACUGGCAUAGAGAAUGUCCUGAUUUGCACCGUGGCUCUGGCGAGAAGGAGCAGCACUACCUCCAGUCCGAGGAGGCCACGUUUUGCGGCAUGUUGGAAGUUGAUGGAAAAGAACAGGUGAGCCCAAUGCGAGACCAAGAAGAUCAACUGUCCCCGGGAGAAGCAGGACUGAGCGGCCGGGGUGAGUGCGAGGCAGAACAGCCUCUGUCCAAAACGGACGCUGCAGGUAGUGCCAAGUGGAACUUCCAGUACACCUUCACAAACAGGAACACAGGUUUCGAUCAGUUCAUGGACGAUCCGUCACCAGCCAAGUUGCAGUUGCCCAAGGAAACCACCACGCACCACGACGUGCCACCAACCCGAGACAGCAGUGAUGGAGUCCGAACGGAAGAGAUCCCGUCAGAACGACCACAGUCAGGGAACUCGGGAGGACUGGUGUCGAAUGGUCCUCAAAUUGCUCUUUGUGAUGGCUCGGGUCAACGAGCUAGCGAUGCGACUGCUUCAAACGCCGCAACCUGUGGAAGUAGGGCAUCAGGACUAUCCACCGUCGAGGACGAGGGCACCAACAACAUCAAGGACAUCGGCUAUGGCAACUUCCCGGACACCUCCAAGGGCAUCAUCUUCGAGGAGCAUGGACGACUUCGACGUGAUCUCCGUGGCGAGUGGACGGUCUACAACGACGCAGAGGUCUAUGACACCAAGCAUGGCGAGCACUGUUGCCGGACAAGAUCUUGUGACAGAUCAAGUACUACGACUGGUGGGGCCUCCACCGCAAUGCGAACAUCACGAGACAACCAAGCUCUAUGUGUGCCGCAAACAGGGGCACAACUACAAGAGGAUCUUCUGGCGAUGCCCACGACAGAGGGGAUCGCAGUGUGCGACCUUCAUCUGGAGCGAGAUCCAGCCGUACCUCGACCCGAUCUACCAGGACGACCUGGAGCCAGAGGACUAUGCGCCGGACUCACCGAGAUCAAUGUCAGGAACACCAGUGGAGAACAUCCUCAUGGAGCUUCAGAAACACUGUCCUCACACCAAGGUCGACAAGAGAGGGACCAACCCGUACAAGAUCAUGGUGAAGUGCGCAACAUGUGGCAAGGUACUCAAGUCCGAGAAAACCGAGCUGGCGAAGCAGAUGGAGGAGGAGAAGAAUCGCAAGAAGAUCGAGCCCGACUACCAGGAGUUCCUCGAGUGGAAGAAAUCUGGAGCAUGUCGAGCCGGCGGAAUAUGGACAGAUCAGGGUCCGACACCAGCCGCCAGCUCAAGGAAGAAACCAUGACCGAGACUGAGGAUGGCGAGAACCAAAAGGACAAGGGAGUCAAGCAUGUGCUGAACCAAGCCCAGACAGCACUGGGAGAGACGGCAGAGAUGUGGCAGUCUAAACUGGCUCAAGAGUAUCCCAAGAAACUGGUUGAUACCAUCCUGGGUUCGUACGCCAGAUCACUGAAACAACCACUACAAGAACGUGUUCGAGUAGUACGAGAUCUGGACUUCUUCGAGGAGAUCUACCACACCGAGAUGGUCUUCAACGCCAAGUAUGACAAGAUCCCACCGAUUGACCAGGUUAUCAAGAAUGACGAGGACAUAGAGUAUGACAAGGUCCCAAAGAAUACCAUGACUGCCAAGUAUGACGAGAUGAUUGACACGAACGAGGUCUCGGAGAAUUUGGCAGUGAUCAACGAGGAAGGUCUUGCAAUAGAAGAUGAGGAGAAGGAACAUGAAGAAGAAGACGGUAACUCAUGGCUACCACGAGAACGACCACUUGGAGUAGAACAGCUGGUGCGCAGGGCUCACUGUGGUUUGGGGCACUUGGCCAACGCCAGACUGGCCAGGAUCUUGCACCAGGCUGGAGCACGAAAAGAAGCUGUGGAAUAUGCCAAGAACCUCAAAUGUGACGUUUGCCAAAGACACAGGCAAAUUGCCCCAGCCCGAGCUGCAGCACCACCGAGAGAACUGACUCCCAACCAAAUUGUUGGAGUCGACACCAUCUACCUCCCAGGAUUACAAUUUAACGGAAAGCGGAAGAUGGCGCUGAACAUCAUUGACUGGGCCACCAAGUUCCAGCUGGUGAUACCCCUACAUGACCACACCCCGAGAUCGGCAAGACAAGCAUUCCUACAGUGGACACGGAUCUUCGGCACUCCAGAAAGGGUCUAUGAUGACCUAGGAAAAGAAUUCCGUGGGUGUUUUGAAAUGAUGAUGGACCAGGAUGCCAUCUUCCUGGACCCUGGAUCACUAGAGUCACCAACGCAGAGAUCCUUAACAGAACGAGCAGGAAGGACUUACAAGGAAGUUUUCUCAAAAACACUGAUGGAGGUGACGUGCAACAACUGGGAUGAGUGGCAUGAGGUUGUGGAUGUUGUCACGGCCACAAUCAAUCGACUGGCAAACAAGUCGGGGUAUAGCCCCAUCCAGCGAAUGCUGGGAUAUAGCCCGAGGAUCCCAGGAAGCCUCAUGAGUGGAGGUUUCAAUGAUCAGUCAACAGCAUCAAGAUAUGCAGCUGGAGACCUACAAGUUCAGCGAUCAGUGGAUCUACGUACAGCGGCAGCGAUCGCCUACCACAAGGCGGACUGUGAACAAGCACUUCGGAACUCACUACAUGCCGGACCACGAGUAUGGCAACACUAUGAGGUGGGACAGACGGUCUACUACUGGAAAAAGGGAAUGGAGCCGAUAGCAGAGGAAGAGAAGUUCAUUCUCACCGACUGGAUUCAAGACAUCCUGGACACGAAGAAGAAGCUCAAGGAUGGCGACUACAAGGGCUACAUCGUCCUCGAUGAGAAGCCCCCGGACGCCUUGGACUUUCAGCCGGAGAUCAACAAGGACUUCAUUGGACCACUACCACCUCAAGCACCAAGAUACCGGCUGACAGGAAAACAUCGAGAGACCGAGGUUGAGUUUCAGCCAGACGCCUACAUCGAAAAGAGGCGGCGACUAGAAGACCAAGAACAAAAGCCGGAGCUGGUGCUGACACCUAGAUCACUAUCGAUCGCACCGACCACACCAGCUAGAACUGAAGAUCUCGAACCAAGAUCUCCGAAUGAGGAGGUGGUCGACUCCGAGAUGGACAUGGAGAAGCAGUUCUUGCCUGAGCAAGGAUCAGAACGACAUGCAGUGAUUUCAGAGGAGAGUAACCAAGAGGCAGAGGAUGAUGGACGCGGUCAAGUUCGACAUGGAGAACAUCUUGAUGAAGAUGAAGAAAGGCCGGCGAAACGUCAACGAGCAGAACUUUUGGAGAUGAUGUUCACACAGCUGGAGCAGGCGAACAUGAACCGAAAGCGCAAGGAGAUCAACUACAAGACCAUGGACAAGAAGAACCAGAGGAAGUUCGACAAGGCGAUCCUCAAGGAAAUCAAGAACAAUCUCCAGUCAGGAGCUUACCAGGCUCUCACCCGAGAAGAGUCUGAACAAAUACGAAGAGACAAACCCGAUCUGAUAAUGAAAAGCCGGUAUGUACUGACGGAGAAACCAGUAGAACCACAUGAAGUAGAACCACUCCAGAAAGAAGGUCUGCUCCUAGACAACAAUGAAGGAGAGGUCCUGAAAGCAAAAGCCAGACAUGUCAUGAAGGGCUAUUCUGAAGCCAAUGCGGAGGACUUAGAAUCAACGACACCCCAGGUGGCCAAGGACACAGUGUUCUUUGUCCUUCAGAUCCUCGCCAGCAUGAAGUGGAUCAUCGGACACCUGGACUUUACACAGGCCUUUCACAGUGGUGAUAAAAUCGCCCGGGAACUAUACUGCUCUCUUCCACCUGAAGGUGUUCCAGGACUUCAUGACCGGAUGGGCAAGUACACGACUGGCAGCGGGAAGUUCACGGGGAAGAUGGUUGAACCGGCCGAUGAUGGAUCGAUCUUGAUCCACCAGAAACACUACAUCGAGGAGAAGAUCAACGUCAUCAAGAUUGACAAGGCCAGAAAGAGACAGAGGUACUCACAAUGCACCCCUGUUGAGAUCAAUCAGUUGAGAACCCUGCUGGGUGGACUUUCAUGGGUAGCAAAGGAGACAAGACCAGACAUAGCUGGUAAGGUUGCCAUCCUACAACAGACCAUGCCGAACCCGAUGAUCAAAGACAUCGUCGAGGCCAACCAGGUCGCAGAGGAGCUCAAACGAAAACCCGACCUUGGGAUCAGGAUCCAACCGAUCCCGAUGGAACGCCUAAGAGUCGGUGUCAUUACCGACGCCAGCUGGGGAAAUGCCGGCGAAAGAUACCUGGAAGACUCCAAGAAGGACUACUGGGAGGAAACAAAGACGAGCUGGAUACGACAUCAUGUUCUUCCACGUCGACUCCUAUUUCAUCCUGGCGCGGCUCCCGGAGGACCAGAUCUUCACACUAUAUCCAGGAGAAGAACGACCACAACGAGUAUGUCAACAAGCAGUGACGAAUGGGAUGGAAAAGAUGGAAUCCGAGAACGCCAAGAACAACAAUGGACAGGAAGAACUACGUUCAUCAAAUCGACUAUAGAAGAGGAGGUGAAUCGACCCAUCAAUGAGAGGUUUCUGCAAUUGGCCCGAACACACAGUCAAGGUGGAUACCUCCUGGUGUACUAUGACGCCAAUUUGGAAGUAUCAGAACAACUUGAGAUGAUGACAAUAGCAGCUUGGAAGAGCUACAAACUGAAGCGCUGCACCGUCAACACACUGAGCGCUGAGUGCCAGUCGAUGAUCCAGGGGAUCGGAAACCUACACUGGCACAGGUUUCUUCUGACAGAAAUCUCAGGUGGCCGACUCAACCUAGACACCUGGGAACAAGAACUACACCGACUGCCGUUCAUAGCAGUGACAGACUCAAAGUCGCUCUACGACACGGUGAACAAGUGCCGAAACACAUCGGCUCACAUAGAUGACAAGCGGACGGCCAUCGAUCUGACGAUCUUGAAGGACGACUUGGAGAAGACAAAGGGGCAGGUGCUGACUUCUGCCCUGAGGCCGGAUGUGGAAUUGUUGACAACCACAUUGAUCGGCUUUGAGGCUGGUGGCAAGUGGCGUGCAGCGGUGCAACACCUCAAGGUCUUUCAGAGCUUUGCCCUGAGGGUCGAUGAGACUGCCCAAAUGGCUUUGACUGGCGCCUACCGAAAGGCCUUGGCGUGGCAGGAUGCCCAUGCACUGCAUGCCCUGCAUGGCCUGACUGCUGAAGCGUCGCUGCAAAAUGCCCUGCUGCAAACGUGCCCUUGGCGCCAGGCGCUCUAUCUCCUGAGCCGCAUGGCAGCUCCAGAUGUCCUGUCGUAUGCCUUGGCUUUUGGGGAUGGCUGUUUUGCUUCUGAAGUCUUGGUGAAAGCCCAGCACCUGGCUGUGGCGCAGCUCAAAAUGGCCGCCCUGUUGAGAUCCACUUGGGGGAGCUAUUGGUUUGAAACACUAAAAACCAGCCAAAAUCUGAAGUAA